UAGAGACAUGAGACAUGCAACGAAGCAGAUGAACACGGACCAACAGUGAGGAAGAAGAGUCCAGUCCUUGACUUAGAAUCAGGAGAGUCUUGUUUUCCAGAAGUUGAAGUUUUAGAUCCAGAGGAGUUCAUCAACAUGUCAGCAGCAGUGAUGGGUUGUGUCACUGGUUUCUUAACCUACGAGACCACCAAGUCUGUGGUGGUGAAGAGCUGGUCUGUGGGGAUCAUUAACCGGGUCGUGCAGCUGGUCAUCAUCACUUAUUUUAUUGGCUAUGUCUUCCUUUAUGAAAAGGCUUAUCAGGUGAGCGACACGGCCAUCGAGUCAUCGGUCAUAACCAAAGUCAAAGGUUAUGGUAAACUCAACAACCGUGUGAUGGAUGUGGCUGAUUACAUCUACCCUCCUCAGGGUACAGGCAUGUUCUGCAUCUUAACCAGAGUCAUCGUGACUGACAAUCAGUUCCAAGGUCGAUGUGCAGAGUCAGACAGAAAAUUUGAAUGUGAGACAGAUGCACACUGCACUCCACAUAUCGGCUCCGUUAUCUCCAAUGGUAUAAUUACGGGUCUUUGCCAUAAGUCGUUGAACGAAUCGAAGGGUACGUGUGAGAUAGAAGGUUGGUGCCCAGCAGAGAACGACCAAGUCAAGAUUGAACCAAUGGUGGAAUUUAAAGGCUUCACCAUCUUCAUCAAAAACAGCAUUCGCUUCCCACUCUUCGAUGUCACCAGAGGAAAUUUUCCCCCAACGAUGAACAUCAAGAACUGCAGUAAUAGUGAGAAGGAUCCAUUCUGUCCCAUCUUUCGAGUGGCGGAUGUGCUGAAGGAGACCCAGCAGGAUCCGACUGAGCUGGCAAUGAAGGGUGGAGAGAUAGGGAUAAAUAUUCAGUGGCAAUGUAACUUGGACGAAAAUAUUGAGAAUUGUGUUCCCAAGUACUCUUUCAGAAGAAUGGACGCUCCCUUUGAAAAGAACAAGGUUUCUACAGGGUACAACUUCAGAUAUGCCAAAUAUUACAAGACAGAGAAUGGGACUGAAUUCCGAAUGCUUCAGAAAGCGUAUGCGGUUCGGUUUGACGUUAUGGUUACUGGAAAAGCUGGAAAGUUCAGCUUAGUCCCAACAGUGAUCAACAUAGUAGCUGCUUUAACCUCAAUUGGAAUGGGUACAGUUCUCUGUGAUAUCAUCCUACUGAACUGCCUGAAUGGAGCAGAUCGAUAUAAAGCCAAGAAAUUUGAGGAGGUGAUGGAGGAUCAGAAAAUGCAGCCCAUCACUCCCAGUCCAGGCAGUCAGCGCUCACUCAAACCAGGAAUGAAGAGCUCCGGUGACUCUGGAGCCAUUUCCCUCUCCAUCUCUGACUGACAGCAGGAAUCUGGGAAAAAAACACAUUAAGGACACAUCUCUCGCUUUUGUUUAUUCGCACAACUUUAACACAAGCUGUAGACAUUUUCAUGAUGUGUUGACGUUUAAAAGGGGUCAACCGAAGGAAACUAUGGUAUUAAAAGCUUUUAACAGGGGGUCCAGUUUCACAUGUACAUUCGCCACUAGAACAUCAGUCAUGUGACCGUUUGCACAACACUAGUACAAACACUCAUAGCAGCCUGUUUACUUUUUAAUGGCAGCGCUUUUUAG